AUGAAUGUCGCUGCAGGAAGUGUUCAACAGGUUGAGGAUGUGGAUGGUGUACGGAUUCAAGCGGAGUUCAGUCGUUUCAUAAAAGAACUGUGCUUGUGUGCAAAUCUUAUAGAUCUUUGCUGCUUCAGAUUCACUGAUACUGAUGGGAAUUUGGUCUACCGGAAGCAACUUCAUGAGCUUUCUGAGCCCGAGAGAAAUACGCUUUUCGUCGACAUGCGAGAUGUUCAUUCCUACAGUGCCACGCUCUAUGAAACAAUUGAAUUGCAGUUCUACAAGUUGUACCCAUACAUGUGUGAAGCGCUACAGUUGGCUGCUAUUGAUAGUUGUACUGAAGAUGUUGACAGGCAGCGCAUGUUACGCAAGGAAGUGUACGUCUCUUUCAAAGGCCUCGAAAAUCGUGUGAAUGUACGAGAGUUGACAGCUGAAAAGAUUGGCGCGAUGGUGUGCAUAAACGGUCAAAUUGUACGAACACAUCCUGUUCAUCCAGAGUUGAGUCGUGCGACUUUUGUUUGCGAGGAUUGCGGUGUCACUACAAGGAACGUUCUGCAACAAUUCAGAUAUACACAGGUAAGCUGUUUGCCCAACCAAUUGUGCUGUUUUGAAAUGUUAUUUAAGCCAUCACGAUGCGUCAACCCGCAGUGCAUGAACAGAACAAGGUUCAGUCUUGACGUAGACGACUCAUCGUUUGUCGAUUUUCAGAAGAUAAGAAUUCAGGAAACCCAAGCCGAGCUUCCCCGCGGUUCUGUUCCCCGAACAUUUGAUGUCAUCAUUCGUGGUGAAAUGGUUGAGUCUGUGCAGCCCGGAGAUCGCUGCAUGCUCACGGGUACACUUAUCGUUAUUCCAGACAUCGCGCAAUUAAGCUCACCAGGUCUCAAGGCUGAAGCUGGUGGUGGAAAUCGCGGCCGUGCUUCGGAAAAGGACACAGGUUUGACAGGAUUGAAAGCGCUCGGAGUGCGUGAUCUCAACUACAAGCUAGCUUUCCUUUGCUGUCACAUUGAAUCAAACAAUACUAAGGUGAGCUUUGCGCAUUUUAGCGUUCUGGCGCGACUUGCUUGUAUUCGUUCUCGAACACAUGAAGUUUUCCUGCUACCUAAGAAGACUUCGGUGGGAAAGGACUUCUCACAUGAAACGAUUGAUAGUCUUUCAUUAUGGAAGACGAUGUCCCAGCAGGAGCAGGCAACAUUGAAGGCGAUGAGCGAGGAUAAGCGUAUUGCCGAAAACUUGAUAGACAGUUUGUUCCCCAAACAUCUACGGAAACGACGAGGUCAAACUUGGGGUACUGCUCAUGCUGUUUGGAGGAGUGGCAAAGAAGAGCAGCACCGAAGGAACCACACUGCGUGGUGA